AUGGGUGAUACGAAUGGACAAGCAGUAGCUGGUGGCAAUGGCGAAGGAAAUCGAUUGGAUCAAUUGUAUCUACCAACCGAUGUGUUGAUUGACAAAGAGGCGGAUAGUCUCAUUAUUUGUGAUGCAGCGAAUCGACGAGUUGUACGAUGGUCUCGUCGUAGUUGGACAACUCAAGGAGAAACUCUCAUCAAUAACAUCGAUCCUUAUGGAUUGGCCAUGGAUGAUCAAAGAUAUCUCUACAUCUCUGGUACCGACAAACAUGAAGUAAGACGAUAUCAAAUAGGAGACAAGAAUGGAACUCUUGUAGCUGGUGGUAAUGGCAAAGGUGAUGGUCUCACUCAACUCAACGCUCCGACCUACCUCUUUGUCGAUCAACAACAGACUGUCUACGUGUCAGACAAAAACAAUCAUCGUGUAAUGAAAUGGAAUAAAGGUGCAAAAGAAGGAAUUGUUGUCGCUGGAGGUCAAGGUCAAGGGAAUGCUCUGACACAGUUGGAUCGUCCUGAAGGACUGUUCGUCGAUACAUUGGGUACCAUUUAUGUAGCAGACUCGUCGAAUCAUCGAGUGAUGCGUUGGCCUAAAGAAGCGAAACAGGGCACUGUUAUUGUGGGUGGAAAUGGUAAAGGAGGAGAAGCAAAUCAGUUCAGCUGUCCGAAUGGUUUGUCCUUCGAUCGACAAGGCAAUCUCUAUGUCGUCGAUAGUUGGAAUUCUCGUGUUCAACGCUUUUCAACCGAAUAG